CUCUCAGCAAAAGACUCUGGAUCCGGAAGACAACGAGGCGCCUCCCUGUCUCAAAAAGCCGUUCGUCCGCCUCAAAAAUCCAGCCUAGCACUACUCUAGAGCCCACCUGCUAGCCGCUACCUGGUUUCCUCCAGUCUUCCACGGUCUGUGGCUCAUUCACGAGGGACAUUGCUCGGCCCGAAUCGCCAACAUUGGCACUGCUUGACGCGCGCGCGCGCCCUGCUGCGUACCCUUUUCGCCAACAUCAUCUCGCGGCUUUUUCCCAUCUCCCGCCAAACCUCCCCGUCGGUUCUUAGCCCGCCUCCCGACGGUUAUCUGUCAUCUUUUUUUUUUAUUUACCGCCAGUUGCCUACCGCGCAGCAACUCCACCGCCAUCCACCACAGUUCUCACUUAACAACGCUUCCUCUUCUGAUCGCAGCUUCGUAGCGACAUACCGGCUCGUAUCCUCCAGCGCCUGCAUUGGCGAGGUGCCUUGUUGAACUAUGUCGGCUUUCACUGCCCUCAAUGGGGGCUCACCAAAAACCUCCGAACCACCUCAUCCGCCGCCCACCGACGCCAACAGAGCACCGUCGGUUGAGCGCCCCAACGGACAGCAUACCCCGUCUGAGCCAAAGCCGACCACAACCGCUGCGGACCCUUCCACGAGCCAGAGGGAUAGCUGGGCCGGCCCGAGCCAGGAAAGGUCUCCAUAUCAAUCUGCCAACUACCCCGAUAUCGACGGCUCUCUCAAGAGAAAGCGGUCCAGCUCUGUAGAAGCAAGGCGGGAAGCCCCCGCGCCCAAGGAAAAGUCCCCCGACGCCGCUUCUCACUCUCACCCUCCAGAGUCACGUGACCCUUAUGACACCCCCUCGCGAGAGCGCGAACAUCGUUCCUACGCCGAACGCGAAGACUCGCGGGAGCACGGCGAUUCGUGGUACUCACGCGAUGCCAGGGAUAGGGAUGAGAGGGGUUACUACGACCAGCCGUCUGCCACAUCUACGCAGGGCCAGUCUGAGGAACAGAUUGGAGAGGCACUAAGACGUGCCAACCAGAUGGAUGCGCACGACUACGACAACACCAGCCCCGAUGGCGAUGAUAGAUCCAUGGCAUAUGGCUCCUACACACCUGGCGGAUCCCGUGACCCAACACUCCAAUCCGACAACAAGAAGAGGAAACGCAACUUCAGCAACCGAACCAAGACGGGAUGUCUCACGUGUCGAAGGAGGAAGAAGAAGUGCGAUGAGCAGAAGCCCGAGUGCAGCAAUUGCCUCCGUGGAGGAUUCAUCUGCGCAGGAUAUCCCCCACAGCGCAGCACGGCCUGGCAGAAGCCAGACAGCAAGGCCGCGGCGAUUCCCUUGGAGUCCAAAGACCCCAGCUAUGUCCCGCCCGGCGCAUAUGGUAUGCCGCAGCAGCAAGCUCCGUACGGCAGCCAGCCUGCCGUGGGACAGAGGCGGGAGACGCUGCCCCAUUACCGCGGACAGCCUUUGCGGAUUGAUCCGCCUCAAGGACGACCGCUGCUGACUGACGAUGACCGGCCCACUGCUUCGACGAUCCCCAGCGCAUCGGUGACAAGUCCCGAGAAUAAGCUUUCUGCCAUCCCCUACACCCCGGCCAACGCCUUCCCCACGCCUGUCAGCGCCCAAGGGCCACCGCAUGCCCCCUUCUCGGAGAGGAAGGAAUACCAGCGCGUCCCGCCGUUGCACGACAUUAGCAGGACUGCGCCGGAGCCCGAGACACCUCACCCCGGCAACACGCUGCCUCAGAUCAACAUUCUUCACCCGACGAGGUCCAACAGCCCCAUCCAGCAGCAGCAGCAGCAGCAGCAGCAGCCGCAGCCGCAGCCGCCGGCCACCAGCAAUGUGCAAGUCGCCGCGCAGCUGGCACUGUCGCACACCCAAUUUUCCCCCAGCAGGGCCAGGACGCAGAAGGAGGACAUGCUCGCCGGGAAGCUCUACUACCCAUUUGACAAGGAGCUUGUCUUGGAACGCGAGCGCUGCAGCGCAGCUUGCUGGCGAUUCAACAAUUCGACUAACCCCAACAACGGCGUCUCGCCGACAGAGCGAGCGCGCCUGUUCCGUGAGAUUCUGCAACCGCGCGACCUGAUCCAGAUUUCGCCGACAGUCACCUCGCCCGUGACAAACGUUGGAAGAGUGGGCGAGCACGCGGUCGUGGAGGCACCCUUCACUUGCGACUAUGGCUACAACAUUUCCAUUGGACAGAACGUCGUCAUCGGCCGGAGCUGUACCAUCAUCGAUACAUGCGAAGUCAAGAUUGGCGACAACUGCCACAUCGGGCCGAACGUGAGCAUAUACACGGCGACGCUGCCCACCGAUCCCAAGCGGCGCCUGGGCAGCAAGGGUCCACAGCUCGGAAAACCCGUCACCAUCGGGGAGGACUGUUUCAUCGGCGGAGGAGUCAUAAUCCUACCAGGCGUCACUAUCGGACGGGGAAGCACCGUCGGGGCCGGCUCGGUCGUCACAAAGGUAAGUUGCUGCCCGCGCUCUGGCUUUAUGGAUCUGUAGUCUAACUUGGUGUGUAGGAUGUCCCUCCUUUCACCAUCGCCGUCGGUAAUGCCGCCCGGAUCAUACGCGGCAUCUCGUCGUAACAUCGUUUGAUUCCGUCUAUCCACCUGCGUCUCUUAUUGCCCGUGAUACCCAGCUCAUGGUACAAUCGUGGUCCGUGUACAAAAGCAUACUGAUUCUUGAUUUUCUUUUUCUUUGAACGUCUCUGUUUCUUACUACUUAUUUCCGAGCCUA